AUGUAUUGGCCCAUUGGCACGCCGCGCAUCUACGCAACCAGCAGCAGCCGAGCCCCGGACCUCAACCUCAUCGUCUCAGGCGACGGCCUCUCCAGCCCCUACCUCUCGCGCCCGCCAUCGCCCUUCUCCCCCGACGCCGCCUCGCGACGCGACGCCGCCGCCCAAGAUGACUUGGAGCUUCAGCCGCCGCCCACGCCCAUCACCCCCGCCGUGCAGUCGGUCGAGCAUCACGAGAAUCCCCUCAGCGACGCCGCCUCGGCCGCGUCCAACUCCGAGGCCAAUGGGGUGCCGUUAAAGGACCCAGUCUUGGCCCUGCGCGUCGCCCGCACCGGCCACCUCUUUGCCGUCAUCACAGCCACCUCCAUCACUCUCUGGCAGAUAAAGCCCGCCGUCGUUCUCGCCGUCGUCGUUCGAUCCGAAUCCUCGCUUCAGCUCUAUGGCAGAAAUGUCGACGUUCUGCUGCGACCCGACUCGGCCAUUCUCGUCGUCCAGACCGACCAGGGCUACCUCAUCACCUACUCCAUCGCCACAGACGCAGAGUCCUUUGUCUACAAGCCGCACUUUGCAAGCUACCACAACGUCCAGCGACGCAAGCAGAAACUCGUCGGGGCCCAGGCUGGCCUGCGGCCUGACCACUUUCUCUGGGGCCCGGGUGAGGGAGCCGGCGUGCGCGACGUCAGCGUGCGCUUCCGCAUGGUCAUCAAGGUUGACGCCGGCAUCGAGAGCGCCCUGGCCCUCGACGAGGAGCUCGUCGUCGCAACCAGGAAACCCGCCGCUGUGCAGUGCAUCCGCUGGACCCCGGACAGCACCGGCAGCCAAACCAGGACCGAGAUCAUGAGCCGCAUGGGCUGGGUGGAGAAAAAGUCGUGCAUAGUCGAGAUGACUUACGACCGCUCCAUGAACCUGGCCACAUGGAUCACGAGCGACGGACGCGCCUAUGCCGUCCAGCGCCAACUUCACCGUCCCGACGGCGAGAGGCCUGAAGACGCCGAGGCCAAGCGGCUUUUCAAGGGCCACUGCUUUCACGUCCCGCAGGGCCCAGGGGGUCACGCCCUCAAGGCCGUCAUCAAUGCCCGCUUCUCGCUCAUCGCCGUUGGCUGUGCUGAUGGGACGGUGCAGGUAUACUCGGUCAAGGACUACGCCGGCAACAUCACCCACUCUCACGCCCAAACCAUUCCAGUCUCGACGGCGGCCGCGGGCGCCUUUACGACCUUGAGCUACUCGCCCGACGGCUACUGCCUCUUUGCCGGCUGCGAGAGAGGAUGGUCCAUGUGGAGCAUGUUCGGCAAGCUUGGGAGCCACAGUUUUGGGGCUGACGAGGUCGCCUUGAGCAGCAAUGGCGAGCAGUGGCUCACGGGCGUCACCGCAGCGUCUUGGAUCGGCAGAGGCUCCGAGGUCCUCCUGGUCGGGCCAAGCCACGAAGCGGUUUGGAGCCUUGAGAUGGCCAAGAGCGCCGUCGCUGGCUGCUACAAUGAGGCCAACGUCUUCCGCACCGUGCUGCAGACGCCGAGCGCAGUCAUGGUCUACCGAGGAUAUGACCUCCCCGACCUGACCAGCAUCUCUGCCGAGCCAUUCCUUUGGCACACGGCCACCCUGCCGCCGACUUACUUGCUCAACCAGUGGCCGAUUCGGCAGACGGUCAUAUCUCCCGAUGGCCGCUAUGUCGCCGUAGCGGGCCGCCGUGGCCUGGCCCACUACAGCGUCAACAGUGGCCGCUGGAAGACGUUUGCCACCGAGGCCACGGAGAACGAGUUUCAAGUCAGAGGAGGCAUGUGUUGGUAUCAACACAUUCUGGUGGCCGCCGUGGAGAGCAACAGGACUUUUCAAAUCCCGGCACCAGUAGUACUCGUCACGACGUCGGGCGAGGAUUCCCUGCUGGUCUACACGUACGAGAACCUACUCUACCACUUCAUCUUCACCCCGUGGGCCGAGUCGGUGCGCCUGGUCCAGGUUGGUCAGAUUGCAUUCCACGGCAUCGUUCGCUCGCCGGCUAGGGUUCGCGGACUGAGCUGGAUUCUGCCCGAAAGCCAGCUGGUCGACGGAGACCCCUCCCAGGAUGUAUCCGUGGCGUCAGUCAUCUUCCUGGUCGACGGCAAGCUCGUGCUGCUCAGCCCGUCGCUCAACGACGAGGGCCAGCUCAAGUACGACAUGCGCAUCGUCGCGCAAAACGUCGAGUACCAUGCCAGCAUGAGAGACCAGCCGCUGCUCAACGUGACGCGGCUCUCAGACGGCGACUCGCCGCGACGCGGACCGCCCGCGCUGCGCGACUCCCUGUGGGUGUUUGACGGGGCCGAGGUUAAGGCGUGGGUCAGUGUGCGCGAGGUGCUGGACGCGGCGUCUGGCGAUGGCGGGAGGGAGUUGCCGGCUCCGGUGUCGGUUCCCGUUGACUUUUACCCGCUUUCGUUCCUGUCGGAGAAGGGCAUUAUUCUCGGGGUCGAGUCCGACUUGGUACAGCGGCGCGAUAUUACGUUUUCCUAUUUUCACUUCGCAAUCAGGACGCAUCUCGUGCUUCCGGACGUGCUUCGAUUUUACUUGCGCCAGAACAAGACUGUCGAGGCGGGUUAUCUAGCAGGGCAAUACCACGGCCUGGAGUACUUCUCGCACGGACUGGAAAUUCUACUCCACCGCGUGCUGGACGAGGAAGCCGAGACAUGCCCGCGGCCUGAAGAAGCUGUGUUACCGCGGGUGCUGUCGCUCCUGUCGUCAUCCAAGGACUACCUCGACAUUGUGCUACAAUGCACUCGAAAGACGGAAGUGCGGCAGUGGAAGACGCUCUUCGCCUACCUGCCGCCGGCGCAAGAGCUCUUUGAAGAGUCGCUGCAGCGGGGCUCGCUCAAGACGGCGGGGGGCUACCUGAUUGUGCUGCAUACGCUCGAGGAGCUCGAGUCUUCGACGGAGCAGUCAGUGCGCGUGCUGUCGCGGGCAAUACAAGAGGGGGACUGGGAGUUGUGCAAGGAGCUGGCUCGCUUCCUGGCGGCCAUGGAUGAGACAGGGGAGAUUUUGCGCGAGGCCAUGGGCCUGGUCAACAUGGAGCUCAAGGGGAAGCCGGCCGCGGAGCACGUGGGCAGCCGGCUCGGGAUUCCGCUGUCCAGGGUCGCCAACGGACGCGGCAGGAGGGGCAGUGGGGAGGAUGAGUCGGACGUGCGGUCGGGGAGCGAUGAGUCGGACGUGCGGUCGGGGAGCGAUGCGUCGAGUGUUGCUUCUACGGCGAGUCCGCUGAAUGAGUCCCGCCUUGUCUGA